AUGAGUUGGCUCAAGGCGCUAGAGAAGGUGUGUGCUCGGGCCGCCGUGGGCCACUCCCCGCCGACGUCGCGGUCCCCAAGCAUCGCUGUGGCAGGCCGCCUUGCGCCGGCGGUAAGUAGGGACGGACUGCAACACAACCAGCAGCAGCAACACGCACUGGCGACACGAGAAGUAGGGCCGUCAACGGCCGCGCUUCACGGAGUUAGCGACACGUGGAGUAGUGCGCUGGCGGUCAUCAAGUUCUCGCGGUCCGGCGCGCAGCGCGACCCAGCGUGGGAGAUGCACCACCUUCCCCUCUCACUCGCCGCACAGUGUGUGGCAAUUCUUGUUGAGGCGGGGCAGACGGCACGAGGGGUGGAGGUGAUGCAGUCCUGGCAGCGUCCGGUGGCGAGGGCAAAAACGCGAUCAAGGAUACGGGCAACCGCUCGAAUGCGCAGGACACUGAAGACGUUAGGCACCAUUGGGGACGUGGAGACGUUGCGAACGGUUGUGUCGGUGCUGCAUCAAUCGUUGACGGAGCAAAGGCAGUUGCCGCGGCAUCAACACCGUCCCCAGGCCCGUGCGCCGUCCUAUGAAACCUCUGUGUGUGCUGCAGCAAAGGAUAGCUAUCCGCUGCUUUCAGAGCUCGGCAUGCAACGCACGCGGCUGUUACUAGUAGAAGCCGUUCAUGAACUUGUCAUGCAAGAUGAGAGUGUCGUCCCCGUGUUUGAGAAGCUGACGUGGAUCAAUGCAACUGCGGCAGCAACCGCCCCGCGAGGUGCCCAGGUCCAGUGUCUUAUUCCAUUUAUGCUUCAAGACGACUUUGUACAGGUGAUUCAGUCUAGCCCUUCCUACGACGAGAGCCUCUUGCAGCAGAUUGGCCCGGCCUUUCACACCGGGUUUGUCCAUCCCACGCAAUGCGACCCUGCAGAGAUUCUUUCCAUGCCGCGCAGUGAGGUUCGACGUCUGUACAAGAAGGGAAUUAGCCCGUCAGGGGAACUCUGGCGAGAUGUGAAGCAGCUUGUCCUGCCGCACUCGCCCCUGCUACAGCAGGCGUGUCAGGUGGCGACGCUGGUAGACGUUCUUUGUGGCCCCGUGGAGGCACCUGCUGUGGCCCAUGGCCGUCGCGAGAGGCGCGCUUCCGAGCUAACGAAUGAACAGCGCCUGCUUCGGAAGUUUUUAGUUGCACAACUCCGUUCCUCGCGGUCCCUGUCACGACGAAUGUGGAGUUGUGCGCUACUGCGGCAUCCGCGUCUUUUGUACCGCUUAAACCUGUCGCCGCUGAUGGUGUUUUGCGCCUCGGCGCUGACGUUUCGUAGUUUUCAGGUCUAUGUUCCCUUUGUCCGCUGCUGCGUGCCGCUGCUGCGACGGCUGCGGCGCGUGGGUCACGACGAGGAAGCGGCGCGAUUGGUGUGGAAUCACCUCUCCGUGGACAGCCCCGCCCUGGCGGCGGUGUUCAAGCACCACCCCCUGGCCCUGGAGGAUGCGGUGACGGUCGUCUGCCGCACGAUGCGCACGGGUGUGGGGGGGCGCAGGGAGGCGUGGAUGGGCCACCGGUCGCUCGCCGUGCUGCGCGUGGCCGCCGCCGCCGGCCUCCUGACCCCCGCCCACUGCGUCCCCACCUGUGCCGCCGCCCUUGACUGUGGGGUGCACUUUGCCACCGUGCGGCAGCUCGUUGGCGAGGUAUUUGGCGACGACAGCGACACGGCGCGGUGGGUGCUGGACAUGGUGCGGCUGACCGCCGAGAGCCACACGACGCGUCUGCUCGUGCCGUUGGACUCGCCCUGCCACUCCACGCGCAUGCGCAGCCUGUUGCGGAGGUACGCGUACGAGUCCGACGUGGUCGGCUCCCCGCCCGCUGUGGAGCUGCGUGUGCCGUCCCGUAGCAAACUGCUUGCACUCUGGACGAUGGUUCACGACGACGUCAUGAAUACGUCGCUGCGUCGACUGACGUGUCGUCUGUUUUUGGACGGCGAGGCCCUCGCGGAGUGGAACAAAAUACCUCCUCCAACACAGCAGGCUGGCGCACAAGGGCUCAAUGACCUUUUUCGUGAGGAGCUGUUUGCCUCCAUCGCGGCCAACUGCACCACGGAAAAGAGUUACGUGAUGUUCAUGGAUGCACUUCUGUCGCGGCGCCGCUUUCGAGACGCUCGGCGGUGCAUGCAACUCAUGUUGAGUGAGCUAGACGACGAGUGUGGGCAGGCCGUACUUCCUAGCCUCGCAAUCGAGGGCGUCAGUGUUCCCUAA